AUGUACGAGGGCUUCAACGGAUUCGCGGAGCUCACAAGCCGAGAGGGCAUCUUUCAUUUCUGGAUCGGGAUGCAGCCGUUUGUGGUGCUGCACGCCGCCCACACCAUAGAGCCCCUAUUGACGAGCACCGUGAACAUCUCCAAGACUGGACAUUACCAAUUUCUCGGCCCUCUACUUGGCGAAGGAUUGCUGACCAGCACAGGAAACAAGUGGCGAUCACGAAGGAAGCUUUUGACACCGGCAUUCCAUUUUCGCGUCCUCGACAGCUGCGUGGGCAUAUUCAACGAGCAGACCCGAGUACUGGUGCAGAAGAUCAGAGACUCGUCACACUUGGACUUCGUCGACCUGUUUCCGAUGAUGGCGCACUUUACCCUCGACGUGUUGUGCGAGUCAUCCAUGGGAAUACAGCUGGGGGCACAAGGGACCAGUCAACAUAGCUACUUUAAAAACCUGCACACUCUGCUGAACUGCGGCAUGGAGAGGCUGAGCAAGCCAUGGCUGUGGUGGAACACGGCCUACAACCUGUCUAGUCAAAAGAGACAAUUUACGAGGGCUGCCAAGGACCUCAACAACUUUGUCAAUGAGGUUAUCAGAAAACGAAAAGAGAUACUGCGACAAGAGAAAAACGGUGACAAAAAAGACCAGAAUUCCAAAUAUUCAAAAGCGUUCCUAGAUGUUCUUCUAAGGCAUCACUUGGAAGACUCUACCCUUUCCGAAGACGACAUUAUGGAAGAAGUGAACACGUUCUUGUUUGCGGGCCAUGAAACGACAGCAGUCGGACUGACAUAUCUGCUGUACAUUUUAGGACUCCACCAAGACGUCCAAGAUAAGGUUGUUGACGAAAUCAAUUCGAUAUUUCACGGAAACUUGGAACGUGAUGUGGCAAGAGAAGACGCUUCACUUAUGAAGUACCUCGAAUGCGUUAUCAAGGAGUCUCAAAGAAUAUUCACCAUACUUCCAAUCUAUGGCCGGAAAAUAGAAGAGGACUUCCAAGUGGGAAAGUAUGUUGUACCAAGGGGAAGCACAUGCAUCAUUCUUGGCCAAAUAUUGCACAAGGACCCGACGUACUUUCCAGAUCCGAACGUAUUUGAUCCGGAUAGGUUUCUGCUGGAGAACUCCAAAGGCAGGCAUCCGUACGCCUUUCUGCCUUUUUCCGCCGGUCCAAGAAACUGUGUUGGCCAGAAGUUUGCCAUGACAGAAGAGAAAGUCGUAGUGGCCACAGUGCUCAGACACUUCCGCAUUACCUCGCUCGACCACCGGGACCAGCUCAUACUUGCCCCACAGCCAAUUCUUCACCCACGAUCGGUGUUCGGAGGCAUCAGGGUCAAGUUCACACCGAGGCGAACACUCCAACUUCACAACUCUUGA